CUUAGCCUUCACUUCACAAAUUUGCUGAGCCAAUGCCUAUAUAUGUUGAAGAGUUUCUAGGCCUUCCUUCAAACAAGCAGAGUUUACAACUUUCACUUUGAGCGGAAGCAUAAACAUUCUCUACCUCGUACAUUGUUUGGCUUAUUUCUUGCACUUAUUUGCUUUGGAAGUGUGUUUGAGAAACUAUGGAAAGCUCGGAGAUGAUCAAUGCUGGAAACCUCCCUGAGAAGACAACAAACACAAAAUGUGUUUCCACUGACGACGAAAACAUCAUACUAAAUCCUGAGUUCGAGGAUGGCUUGAAUAAUUGGACUGGAAGAGGCUGCAAGAUUGCAGUACAUGAAUCCAUGGCAAAUGGGAAAAUCCUUCCGAAAUCCGGGAAAUUCUUUGCAUCUGCAACCGAACGCACACAAAGCUGGAAUGGAAUUCAGCAAGAAAUCACUGGACGAGUGCAGCGCAAGCUUGCCUAUGAGGUCACUGCUUUAGUUCGGAUAUUUGGGAACAAUGUCACUACUUCUGAUGUACGUGCUACGUUGUAUGUUCAAAAACCAGAUCUUCGAGAGCAAUAUAUAGGCAUUGCCAAUGUGCAGGCAACAGAUAAAGAUUGGGCUCAAAUGCAGGGAAAGUUCCUUCUAAAUGAUUCCCCCUCAAAAGUAGUUGUUUAUUUGGAAGGCCCCCCUGGAGGCACUGACAUUCUUCUAAAUACUUUUGUUAUAAAGCAUGCAGCUAAAUCACCACCUUCGACACCCCCGGAUUUUGAGAAUGUUGCUUUUGGUGUUAAUAUAAUCGAGAACAGCAAUCUGGACAAUGGCACUAACGGGUGGUCUCCUCUUGGUAAUUGUACUUUGAGCGUCGGAACAGGUUCACCCCGUGUUAUUCCACCAAUGGCAAGAGACUCUCUCGGUCCUCAUGAACCCCUGAGCGGACGUUACAUUCUUGUAACCAAUCGCACACAAACAUAUAUGGGUCCUUCUCAGGCGAUCACUGAGAAAUUGAAACUCUAUUUAACAUAUCAAGUAUCUGCUUGGGUCAGGAUUGGUUCUGGAUCACAUGGCCCUCAGAAUGUUGGUAUUGCCUUUAGUGUUGACGGCCAAUGGGCCAACGGAGGACAGACCCAAGUUUCUGACAGCAGAUGGCAUGAAAUCAGUGGUUCGUUUAGAAUUGAAAAGCAGCCAUCUAAUGUUUUUGUUUACAUUCAAGGUCCAGUUUCUGGUGUUGACUUAAUGGUUGCUGGACUUCAAAUUUUUCCUGUCGAUAGGCUGGCAAGGUUUAGAUAUUUAUGCGAGCAGACAGAGAAGAUCCGUAAGCGUGAUGUUACUUUAAAAUUUUCUGGGGUGGACACAAGCGAGUAUACCUUUGUGAAAGUUAAACAAAUACAGAACGAUUUUCCAAUUGGAUCGUGCAUCAAUAGAACAAAUAUUGACAAUGAAGAUUUUGUUGACUUCUUUGUGCAACAUUUUAACUGGGCUGUAUUUGGUAAUGAGUUGAAGUGGUUUUGGACAGAGCCACAGAAAGGGAAUUUCAACUAUAAGGAUGCUGAUGAUAUGUUGGACUUGUGUCAGAAGUACAAGAUAGACAUUCGUGGACAUUGUAUCUUCUGGGAAGUCGACAGCAAUGUUCAACAAUGGGUCAAAUCACUGAAUAAAAAUGAUUUACUGACGGCUGUCCAAAAUCGCUUAACUGGCUUAUUGUCUCGCUACAAAGGCAAGUUCAAGCACUAUGAUGUUAACAAUGAAAUGUUGCAUGGUUCAUUUUAUCAAGACAGACUAGGUAAGGAUAUAAGGGCAAACAUGUUCAAGAUUGCACACCAGGUAGAUCCAUCUGCAACCCUAUUUGUGAAUGAUUAUCAUGUUGAAGAUGGAGACGACAUGAAUUCAUCACCAGAAAAAUACACACAACAGAUUCUUGAUUUGCAAGAUCAAGGUGCACCGGUUGGGGGAAUAGGAAUUCAAGGUCACAUUGAUAGUCCUGUGGGGCCUAUUGUUUGUGCUGCACUCGAUAAGUUGGCUACUCUUGGUCAGCCAAUUUGGUUUACCGAGCUUGAUGUGUCUUCCACUAAUGAAUAUGUUCGAGGUGAUGAUUUGGAAGUGAUGUUGCGCGAAGCUAUGGCACACCCUGCUGUUGAUGGUGUAAUGCUAUGGGGAUUUUGGGAGUUGUUUAUGAGCCGCGACAAUGCACAUUUGGUGAAUGCAGAAGGUGAAAUCAAUGAAGCUGGGAGAAGAUUCAUUGAUCUUAAAGAAGAGUGGUUAUCUCACACUCAUGGUCAUCUUGAUGAGCAAGGGGAAUUCAACUUCAGGGGAUUCAGUGGUUUGUACAAUGUGGAAAUUGUUACCUUUGAAAAGGUAAUUUGUCAGACAUUCGUUGUUGAUAAGGGUAACUCUUCAUUGGUGAUAUCAAUCGAUUUGUAAGCCUCAGAAACUUGUAUUACAUGGUUGAAAUGACAUGCAUUUGUGCUUAUGUUCAAUUUUUUUUUUCUUCUUAAUGAAAAUACUAAGUUUCGUAAUGUAAUGAAAAGAUUGCUGGACUUUGUCCUAUUGGAAAAGAAAUAAAAUAAUAUUUGUUGGUUUGUUAUAA